AUGCUCCCUCUCGGUCUCCUCACCGCGGCGCAAGGCCAUCCUAUGCUUGUAGAACUCAAGAAUGGCGAAACAUUGAACGGGCAUCUGGUCAGCUGCGACACAUACAUGAACCUCACACUGAAGGAAGUCAUUCAAACGAGCCCUGAGGGCGACCGCUUCUUCAGACUACCCGAAUGCUAUGUUCGCGGAAACAACAUCAAAUACCUGAGAAUGGAAGAUGAAAUCGUGGAUCUCGUCAAGGACCAGCAAGCCAGCCAACAAGCCGCUAGAGGAGGACGCGGAGGCGGUCAAGGCGGAAGAGGCGACCACAGCGGGCGUGGAGAUCGUGGUGGUAGGGGAGGUCGUGGCCGUGGAAGAGGCGGUCGUGGUCGUGGUGGUUGA